UAUCAAAACCUCCCUGCUCUCUCUCUCUCUCUCUCUCUCUCUCUGAUUCUAGAUUCGUUUAUUUGUUAUUUGUUUUCAUCACUUCAAUCGUCAUGUCACAGGUGAAUGAGAAAGACGCCGCAGUCAAGCCUGCGACCGCCACGGAAGAGAAGACAGAUCCAGCCAUGAAGAAAACUUCCUCUGAGUCAAGCUCCACAGAUACGCAGUCGGGAAGCAUACCUGCUAUACCUUCCAUGCCUGGAGCUGGAUUUGCUGCAAAUCCUUUUGACUUCUCAUCUAUGGCUGGUCUACUUAAUGACCCAAGCAUCAAGGAAUUAGCUGAGCAAAUAGCAAAAGAUCCCUCAUUCAAUCAGAUGGCAGAGCAACUCCAGCAGACAUUUCAUGGUGCUGAAGGUGUUCCCCAGUUUGAUACGCAACAGUAUUAUUCAACUAUGCAGCAGGUUAUGCAAAACCCUCAAUUCAUGAACAUGGCUGAGCGCCUUGGUAGUGCUAUGAUGCAGGAUCCAUCAAUGUCUCAGAUGCUUGAGAGCUUAUCAAAUCCAGCUCAAAAGGAUCAGCUUGAAGAACGGAUGGCACGUAUCAAAGAAGAUCCAUCCUUGAAACCCAUUUUAGAAGAGAUAGAAUCUGGAGGUCCAACAGCAAUGAUGAGGUACUGGAAUGAUCAAGAUGUUUUAAAGAAACUGGGUGAAGCAAUGGGACUUGCAGUCACUGAAGAUGCUACCGCUUCCGCUGCAAAUCCUGUUGCAGAUGAAGCUGAAGAAGAUGUAAAUGAGGAUGAGUCUAUUGUUCAUCAGACUGCUAGUGUUGGUGACAUUGAGGGUUUGAAAAAGGCAUUGGAAUCCGGUGCCAACAAAGAUGAAGAAGAUUCAGAGGGAAGGACAGCGUUACAUUUUGCUUGUGGAUAUGGGGAGGUGAAAUGUGCCCAAGCUCUCCUUGAGGCUGGGGCGAAGGUGGAUGCGUUAGACAAAAACAAGAACACCGCUCUCCAUUAUGCAGCUGGUUAUGGCAGGAAAGAAUGUGUAUCCCUUUUGCUCGAUAACGGUGCAGCUGUUACUCUGCAAAACAUGGAUGGGAAAACACCGAUUGAUGUUGCGAAACUGAACAACCAGAACGAUGUACUGCAGCUGCUGGAGAAGGAUGCUUUCCUAUAAGCAUGUUUCUAUAACAUCUACAGUCUAAUGUUCGUGUUGGGCUUACUGAUGAGUGCAACUUCGAUGUUGGUUUUCUUGUAUUUUGUUGUGUUUUUCUAGUGAAAUUACAUAUUUAACCUUGUUAAAAGUUUGUGUGGGCUUAAUUUGGUUAAACAUAUUUAGGUUUCAAAUGGUGUAAGCUCAAAAUGAUUGGCUUCUUGAAUCAUAUCAUUAUUUGCUUUAUGGUUAUGGCAAAAAUACCUUUUUAAGAAAUGAAAA